AGGUGAUGUGUGCUUUGAUGUUUGAUGUGUCUGGUUCUCAACAACCCAUGAGACCUAAAAUUGCACUCCGUCAUUCUUAGACCGCGUUGAUUUAUCGUUAGUUUUUUGAAAGGAUACCUUUGUUACCCUCUCCCAUAAUUUAUUUGUCUAGCCGACAACAACAUCACAUCAAUACAACAUCAAUCAUGAAGGUUUAUUUCAGUGCAAUUUUCGCCUUGGCCACUGCCGUCAAUGGUUUCCAGAGCGCUGGCUUUGUCCGAACUUCAAGUCGGGCCAGCAGCGCCAUGUCCAUGGCGGAUGGUGAAUUUGAUUUUGAUGUUGCCAUUAUUGGAUGCGGUGUUGGAGGACACGGAGCUGCUCUUCACGCAAGAGCCCAGGACUUGAAGACUGCCGUCUUUGCCGGUGAAGAUGUUGGAGGAACCUGUGUGAACCGUGGUUGCGUCCCCAGCAAGGCUCUGUUGGCCGCUUCUGGACGUGUCCGUGAAAUGCGCGACACCGCACACCUCGAGUCUCUGGGAAUUGAAGUGGGUGAAGUCAACUAUUCUCGCGAGGGAAUUGCCGCCCACGCCAAAAACCUUGCCAACAGAGUCAAGGGCAACUUGGAGAUGAGUCUUGUUGGACUUGGAGUCGAUGUGGUUGAGGGACGUGGAGCCCUGACUGGAAAGCCCCAUGAGGUUUUGGACCAAAAGACAGGAAAGGUUUACACUGCCAAGGACAUCAUCUUGGCUCCUGGUUCCAUCCCAUUUGUCCCCCCUGGUAUCACAGUGGAUGAAAAGACCGUCUACACAUCCGAUGGAGCUUUGGAGCUUCCAUUUGUUCCUGAAUGGGUUGCCAUUGUUGGAUCCGGAUACAUUGGUUUGGAAUUUUCCGAUGUCUACACUGCCUUGGGAAGUGAAGUUACAUUCAUUGAGGCUCUUCCCCUACUUAUGCCUACCUUUGACAGAGAAAUUGCCAAACAGGCCGAGCGUCUCUUGAUCCGUGAACGCCCCAUCGACUACCGAACCAACGUUUUCGCUUCGGAAGUCACACCUGGAAUCCCAGGAGAAAAGCCCGUCACCAUCAAGAUGAUUGAUGCCGACACAAAGGAACAUGUUGAGACCCUUGAGGUUGAUGCCUGUAUGGUUGCCACCGGACGUGUCCCCAACACUGCCAACAUGGGAUUGGAAGAUGCUGGAAUUGAAACUCAACGAGGAUUUGUUGCCGUCAAUGGUAAAAUGCAAGUCUUGACAAAGCACGAUGGUGGUGAUGUCCUCCCUGGUGUCUGGUGCAUUGGUGACGCCAACGGAAAGAUGAUGCUUGCCCAUGCUGCAUCUGCACAAGGUAUCUCCGCUGUUGAGAACAUUGUCGGACGCCCACACGAAGUUGACCACGCGGCUGUUCCCGCUGCUUGCUUCACCCACCCCGAAAUCUCCAUGGUUGGACCCACUGAGGAGCAAGCCAUCGAAAUGGCCGAAAAGGAAGGAUGGACUUUGGGCAAGAGUCAAGGAAACUUCCGUGCCAACUCCAAGGCUCUUGCCGAGGGUGAAGGUAACGGAAUUGCCAAGGUUCUCUUCAACAAGGACACUGGCAAGGUUGUCGCCGUCCACAUCAUUGGACUUCACGCCGCUGACUUGAUCCAAGAAUGUGCCAAUGCCGUUGCCGCUGGAACCACUGUCCAGGAACUCAGUAUGAUGGUCCACACACACCCAACUCUUUCCGAGGUUAUGGAUGAAGCCUUCAAGGGAGCUGUUGGCAUGUCUUCUCAUUAAGCAAACAGAAACAAAGGAAUGGAAACGACCAUGAGUGUGAACCACACACAUCUUGCUCCAUAGAACUCUUGUCUAUCGCAUCACUCCAAAAUAACAUAUAAAACACAAACUGCAUAUAU